AUGAACGUGGAAAAGUUUAAGCCCAAAUAUGGUAGUGGUUCUCAUUCCUAUGUGCCUGGAUCUGCAGUGUUAAGCACCGUCACACCUGGCACUCCUGCAUUACAAUCUGCAGUAAUAGUAGCUCUUGUUGAAGGGCGUGGCCAUGCACGAGAGAUCGGAAUGGCUAGUAUUGAUCUCAAGAAUCCAGAGAUGAUACUCUCUCAGUUUCCUGAUAGUCAGACUUACAUGAAAGUAAUGACUAAACUUGAAGUCUUGAAUCCUAUUGAGAUUGUAAUGCCCAACACAGCUUGUGAAGGUGGUACGGCUACCAAAUUGUUCUCAAUGAUUUCCAACUAUUGUCCUCGUGUUAACUUAGCUACUGUACAAAGAAAGUACUUCAAUGAAAGCAAAGGUGUUCAAAUGGUUCAUCAGUUAGUCGUACCAGAAUACAACAGUGUGGAGCUAGAAGUUGUAUCCAAGUAUUACUGUUUAGCUGCAGCAUCAGCUUUACUUAAAUAUAUAGAAUUCAUCCAAAACAUUGUCUAUGCUUCAAAUUCUUUGAAGAUAGUAUUCCGUGGUAGUGAACAAACUACAAUGAUAGAUAUAUCUACUAAAAAAAAUUUGGAACUUAUUAGCAAUGUUCGUGAUCCAAAAUCAUGUCAUAGUCUAUUUGGAAUACUUAAUUACACAAAGACACAGCAAGGAGCUCGAUUACUGAGAUCCAAUAUUUUACAGCCACCAUGUAGUUUGGAGACAAUUAAAUUACGUCAACAAUGUAUUCAAGAAUUCAUUGACAAUGAGGAAAUGUUUUAUGGACUUCAGUCAGUAUUGAAAAGAUUUUUGGAUGUUGAUCAUCUGAUUUCACUGUUAGUACAAUUACCUAAGAAUGAGACAGUUAAAAGUGCAGAAAACAAAAUAACACUGGUGAUCUAUUUAAAGCAUUGCUUGGAACUAGUAGAGCCAUUAAGAACUGCUAUUAGUACAAGUCGAAUCCACUGUUAUCAACAUUCCAUAUUAAAUGACAAACGACUUCAAGAUGUUCUUGUAAAAAUACAAGAGAUAAUUCAUGAAGACGCUCACUAUCAAAAAGGUGCUUUAAACAUGAGAGCUCAAAAGUGCUUUGCUGUCAAGCCUAAUCUAAAUGGUUAUCUUGAUGUUGCAAGGCGUACAUACUCUGAAACAAUUGAUGAUAUUGUUGAGAUGGUGUCUCAACUUGGAGAGAAAGAAGGUCUAGCAGUGAAGACAAGCUACAACAAUUCCAGAGGAUUUUUUAUCCAAAUUUAUUCUGUGGCUGUAGAAGAUUUGCCUCCAAUAUUUAUCAAGGCUAUAAAAUCUAAGAACACAAUUAGUUGUACUACUGCUGACUUGAUUAAAAUGAACGAUCGCUGUAGGGAAUCAUUAAAUGAAAUCUACUUAAUGACAAAUGUUGUAAUAAGUGAACUAUUGGAAGUAUUACGGACUAAUAGGUGCUUUUACAAGCUCUCUGAAUGAGCUAUGUUAGAUCUUCUUCUCUCUUUGGCCCACACAUGCACUGUAUCAAAUUAUGUUUGUCCAGAGUUUACUGAUACUUUGGCAGUAAAACAAGGUUAUCAUCCUAUACUAGAAAAAAUUAAGUUUGAGCCUCCUGUUCCUAACAACACUUAUGCAUCUGGUGAGAGCAACUUCAUUAUCAUUACUGGUCCUAAUAUGAGUGGAAAGUCUACAUACCUGAAGCAAGUGGCUCUGCUUCAAAUUUUAGCACAAAUAGGCUGUUUUGUGCCAGCACGAUAUGCCAGUUUCCGUCUCACACAUCAGAUAUUUUCUAGGAUUGGUUCAGAUAAUGAUAUUGAAAAAGCAUCAACUUUUAUGGUUGAAAUGAGAGAGAUUAACUACAUAAUUCAGAAUAUAAAAGAUGAUUCUCUUGUUGUUGUCGGAUUAGGACGUGGUACAAGUAGUGAAGAAGGUGUAGGACUUUGUCAUGCUAUAUGUGAACAACUUGUUGCUUCCAAAGCUUUUACUUUCUUUGCCACACACUUUCUCGAACUGACGCAAUUGGAAAGUCUUUACCCUAAUGUUGAAAACUACCAUUUUGAAAUCAAAAGAAGUAAUGAAACAUUCCCUGGUCUAAACUUCACACACCAGCUUGUGAAAGGAGAAACAGAAGAAAGACAUUAUGGUCUUCGUCUGGCAGCUAUGUCGUCUUUACCACAAUCAAUCAUAGAAGAGGCUGGAGCCAUUGCAAUGGAAAUACAACUUCAAAAAACUGCUCGUCAAAAUGAGACUAGAGAUGCUACUCGUUUACGUGCAGUCUUUAAACUAGGUACAAGAUUGAUUCAGGUUGCUCGUAAUUCAAAACUUGAUGAAGUAUCACUACGAGUGUUUCUACAACAUUUAAAGGAGGAGUAUUUGCAGCAAAUGUCUACUGAAAUAAGUACAAAUGAAGAAUAG